UCAUUCCGACUCACAAUAUUAUCUCUAGAUUUUUGAAGAGGUCGUUCUCGAAAGAACUACAAUUCCCAGAGUGAAUGGAACCUGACCCAUUUAAGUAAGUAAUCCCUGAGCUUAGAGCUGCAUGAUUCCAGCUCCAAAGCGUGUCUGCUCUCCGUGUUGUGCAGUGUUUUGCCCACUCACAGCUUUGUGUCUGUUUUCCACACCGGUCGCAGUGAGGAAGGCGCAGCUCGCCUCGCAGUACAUCAUUCAGGAGUCCACCUGAGCUUGAGGUCAGAGGUCAAACAGAAUGGGAACCAGACGGGUGCUCGUGACUGGCUGCUCCUCUGGCAUUGGCCUGGCUGUGGCUGUCCGGCUCGCCAAUGAUGAACUUCGACGCUUUCAAGUGGUGGCCACCAUGAGGGAUCUUGGGAAACGGGGUGCUUUGGAGGAAGCAGCUGGUGACUCGUUAAAUAAGACCCUGGAAAUUAAAGAGUUGGAUGCCUGCUGUGAAGACUCCAUCAAAGAGUGUGUCAACAGCCUGCCCAACAGACGGGUGGAUGUCCUGGUGAGCAAUGCUGGUGUUGGUAUGAUCGGACCACUGGAGUGCCAAAGUAUUCCUGCCAUGAAAGAGCUCUUUGACACCAACUUCUUUGGCCUGGCACGGCUGGUGAAAGAGGUGCUACCUGACAUGAAGCGACAGCAGAGUGGCCAUAUUGUGGUGAUGAGCAGCGUCAUGGGAAUACAGGGUGUGACAUUGACUGACACUUCUGGAGUGUUUCCAGUCGUGAGGUUGCUCACACGUAUUUUUUUUUUUUUAUAUUUCCUUACAGGACUUCUGUUCAACGAUGUCUACUCCGCCUCCAAAUUUGCUGUGGAGGGAUUUUGUGAAAGCUUAGCAGUGCAAGCAUUGAAGUUUAAAAUCAAAACCACUUUAGUGGAACCUGGUCCCGUGGUGACCGAGUUUGAGAAGAAAGUGUACGAAGAUGCUGAGAAGAUGGAUCUGUCAGAGGCGGAUGAGGAGACGGCACGGAUCUUCCGGGAGAUUUACCUUCCAUACUCUAAAAAGGUCUUCAUGUCACUCGGUCAGACACCAGAGGAGGUUGCUGAGCAAACACAUAAAGUGAUCACAGCCAAGGAGCCUCCUUUGCGCCACCAGACUAACCAGCUGUACAUGCCCAUGACCGCACUGAAGCACGCCGAUCCCACCGGCAGGCUGCCACUCGAUACCUUCUAUAAAAUGAUCUUUAAGCAUGAGGGCAUGUUUAAUGCUACCCUUGGCCUUCUGCGGAUGCUCCGCCGGAAAUAAUAAUUGGAUUUCUGAUGGCUCGAUUACAUGUUUUAGUCUUUUAAAUAAGAUAUUUUAUAUUGUUGUUAAUUUCAUUGAUUGACUGAUUUAGUCCUGGAGGUGUCAGUGCUAUAUAAUCACUUCUAAAUUCAAGAUAAAAAAAACAAUAGAAAAGGUUUUUUUACUAUAAGUAUAGUUAGGUUUCAGUAAACAAAGCUGUUAUCUGUUUAAAAGGACAAAAAAAUCUCUGAAAUAGUUAAAAUUUUGUGUUUAGAUUGAAUGAAUUAAUAACACAAAUCUAUUAAUCACUUUUAAUGCAAAUUGAUUUUUUUUAAAUACUAAAGAUUUUUGUCUCUAUGAAUGACAUUUAAUAUACACACAUGCAGGAGUGGGAAGUUUGUGGACCACCUGCAAUUUUAAAAUCUUCUCAAAUAAAGAUGUUUAUUUAAGUAAUUCAUUCCAAGACUAAGACUUUUUUUUAAAUCUACCAUUGAUUUACUUAAAAAUAAAUCCUUAAACUCAUAGAGUCAAUCAAAUAUUUGGUUCUAUUUAUGAGUUUUAACCUUGUAUUUUGUGAGUUUGGGUGUUUUUCUGAGUUGUUUAGGGAAUAAAGGUUUCAUGACGAUUAAUGAAAGAUCAUUUUUUCCAAAAAAAACUUUUUUUCAGUGUCCACAUAAAGAAGACUGUAUAUAGAUGUGUAUACAAAUGGAUUCUGAUCUUUGACGACACCACAAGAUAUGGAACAAAAUGUGAAAUAUUUACAAAAUGUUGCUUCUCGUACUAAAAAGUAUGACUUGUAAAGAAGUUUUGUAUUUAUUUGUCAUUGUUUAAAAGUAAGUUAAUACAGACAAACUCAUGUCAAUACUAAUAAAGUAUCAGUCAACACCCUUUGUUUUGAAUAAUGCUAAAUGACGUACACUUUAUUUUUGCCUUUUAGUACAUAACAAUCAUUUUAGAAACAUAAGACUUUUCAGGAAAUCAUCUACCAAGAACAAAAAUAUUUACAAACAGAAAUUGAGAGGCUGAAUGUACAAAAAAACACUUAGUGCGACCUUGUGGGGAAAUUAUAAGACCAGUUAUAUAUAAAAAACCAAAACAAAGAACUGUUUCACUUGUAAGUGAGAACUGGGAACUGGCCCAACAUCAACAUACUUCCCAGGUCUGAGUGAACAGUAGCUGGAUCUACAGUGAACAGAAAAUAACAAUGACACCUCAGUCUAUGAAACAACUAACUGUUAAAGUCACCAAAAAGUAGUAGCUAGGAGUGGUGGCCUACUCACCUCUGCUCGUGUUCAAACAAAAUGAAAAGGUCACAAAAUUCUAAGUUUUUUCUAAAGACUUUGCUGAAAUGUGCACAAAAUGUUGAACAGAGAAUUCCAUCUCUUUUUGUUCAGGUCACAUGAAAAUAAAGUUGCAUUAUACGAGCUGAAAGUCGUCGGAGAAUUUUGCAAAAUGUUACAGGGCUCAGCACUACAUAGUAGUGUUUUUUUCUUUUUUUUUUUGUUUUUUAUUUCUUCUUCCUGCGUAUCUUUUAACAACCAUCUGAAGAUGCAGCUCUGUGGCCUCUGGACUGGAAG